GCGGAGGGGCCGCGCGUGUGCGAGACGGGCCGGAGGUCCCUCCUCGCCGUCCUUCUGUCCGCUUGUCCUGUCCGGCUCUCGCCCCUGCUCGCUCUACGCGUGGCUGCAGGGACGGACCCCGCGCGUCCCCCUUCACGGUCCCCGCGUUGCUCUCAGCCUUCCACUGCGUUCUAAGCGCGUUCAGGGAAUUCGCUUCCCCUUCCUCUGUUCGUGCCGCUUUCACCCAGAGACAACUGGGCCGGAAGGGAAGAGCCCGUUCGGACUCGUGUUUGUGAGAGCGGUGGUUUCGCGGCUGCCCGCAGGGCUCGGCCUUCGGAGGGCCGAGGGGUGACGUGCGACUCUAAGGCCGGCGUGCCGGCCGCUGUCAGAGGUCCGUGGCUGUUUGUGCUGUGACACACGGCGAUAUGUUUAGGUCUCGCUUUCGAUUAGAUGGUGAAGUAGAUGUCGCUUGUUCCUAGUGAGCUCUAAGUGUGUAAUUACAGGUGUCUAACAGACGUCUGUUGCUCUGCACGUGAUUACAUCGAAAGAGCUUAGGCAGCCUGACGUUAUUAUUAUUUUUUUUCUCUUCUGUUCUUGGAGGAAAGGAAGAACCAGGCAACAUCGGUCCUACUUGCCGGCUUUCAGCCUGAAGCUGCCGUGUAUGAUUGAUGUGGCGAUAGAUGUCCAUGCCCAGCAGCACGUAGUCAUGCUGGGAUGCUAAGAUCUUCAUGCAGCUGGCUGAGAAAUGGUUCCACAAGAUGGCAAUCCCAACUCUAAUACUAUUAAAAUGGAGAUUAUCAUCACUGUGACAUGAUCUGUCAAAUGUGUUAGCGUUUUCUGUUUGUGUUUUACGCUUACUGUGCAAGGUUACAAAUGGUGUGGGUUUUUAUCAUGAAUCGAAUGAGCUCCCAGAGCAGUUCAUCUUCUCAGCGUAGAAGAAUGGCUCUAGGAAUUGUCAUUCUUCUCCUUGUUGAUGUGAUAUGGGUUGCCUCUUCAGAACUCACUUCUUAUGUUUUUACGAAGUACAACAAACCUUUUUUCAGUACAUUUGCAAAAACAUCUAUGUUUGUUCUAUACCUCUUGGGAUUUAUUGUUUGGAAACCAUGGAGGCAACAAUGCACUCGUGGUUUUCGUGGAAGGCAUGCAGCUUUUUUUGCAGAUGCUGAAGGUUAUUUUGCUGCUUGUACAACAGAUAAUGCUGUAAACAGUUCUCUGAGCGAACCUUUAUAUGUUCCUGUAAAGUUCCACGAUUUGCCAACUGAAAAGAGUGGCAGUAAUAAUAAUGAUACAGAGAAAACUCCCAAAAAGCCUCGUGUGAGGUUCAGUAAUAUCAUGGAGAUUCGGCAGCUCCCAUCGAGCCACGCGCUGGAAGCAAAGUUGUCUCGCAUGUCAUACCCAGCAGUUAAGGAGCAGGAAUCGAUAUUAAAAACUGUAGGAAAGCUCACUGCAACUCAAGUAGCAAAGAUUAGCUUUUUCUUUUGCUUUGUGUGGUUCUUGGCAAAUUUCUCUUACCAAGAAGCUCUAUCAGAUACCCAAGUUGCCAUAGUUAAUAUCUUGUCUUCAACCUCUGGGCUUUUUACUUUAAUCUUAGCUGCAGUCUUUCCAAGUAACAGUGGAGAUAGAUUUACUCUGUCCAAAUUAUUGGCAGUUUUUUUAAGCAUUGGUGGUGUGGUACUUGUUAACCUUUCUGGAUCUGAGAAAUCUCCUGGAAGAGAUACAAUAGGUUCCCUUUGGUCUCUCGUAGGAGCAAUGCUGUAUGCUGUGUACAUAGUGAAUAAAAGAAAAGUAGAUAGAGAAGAUAAACUCGAUAUACCAAUGUUCUUUGGUUUUGUAGGACUGUUCAAUCUACUGCUGCUAUGGCCAGGGUUUUUUCUGCUUCACUAUACUGGCUUUGAAGCAUUUGAGUUUCCCAGUAAACUGAUAUGGAUGUGCAUUGUCAUUAAUGGCCUUAUUGGAACAGUUCUGUCAGAGUUCCUCUGGUUAUGGGGCUGCUUUCUUACCUCAUCACUGAUAGGCACACUUGCUCUAAGCCUUACGAUACCUCUGUCCAUAAUAGCUGACAUGUGCAUGCAAAAGGUGCAGUUUUCUUGGCUGUUUUUUGCAGGAGCAGUCCCUGUAUUUUUUUCUUUUUUCAUCGUAACUCUGUUAUGUCAUUAUAACAACUGGGAUCCCGUGAUGGUGGGAAUCAGAAGAGUUUUUGCCUUUAUUUGUAGAAAACAUCGAAUUCAGAGAAUGCCAGAAGAAAGUGAGCAGUGUGAAAGUCUUAUUCCUAUGCAUAGUGUUUCACAAGAUGGAGAUAGCUGCUGUUCGUAGGCAAAAGUUUAAAAAUGGAUUGAUGCCUAGUGAAGAGACAAUCUUCUGGAAAAGUCCCAAAGGAGUAAUGUUUCAGUGCCUAUUCUGAAUUUUUAGUAAAAAUAAGAAGUUUCUGUUCUUGUGAAACUCUAAACAUCUUUCUUGCUUUCAUCUGAUUUUAUAAGUAAACAAAUUUACUCCAUGCAUAUCAAUGUAGGGGAUCUUAGUCCAUCUGAGCAACCAACCUGCCUUACUACACUGAGCUGGUGAAGUUACUUGACAAAAUCAAGAAAAUGAAUGCUGUUAAGUGAUUUCUUUCUCUUUUUAACUCUCAGUUUUGUUAAAUGCUGGACAAGGUUAUUUUAAAAAAACACUUUCAAAUGAGUUAUGUAAAUAAGUUUGCAGGUCAUCACGUCUUACAGGCUUUCAGAUGAAAAGCUAAAUAGAUACGUUACCUGUAGUAGGUACAAAUUAACUUUUUUAUGUUGUAUAAACUAUUUGCAUAUUAAUAGAGGAAAUAGUAAAAUAAUUUAUUAAGUGAAUUCUUGUAAUUAUUAAGGCAAGAUCUUUGUACAGUCCUGGAACACUACAUAUAUAUUGUCUUAUCCCAUUCUGAGAAGCCUUGUAACGGCAGUGGGUGCCGCUGUUUAAAAAUCUUUUGUUUCUACUGAUCUGGAAUGUUUAAAAUCUUAGUGAAUGAAAGAAUAUUUAUAAUUACAGUAUGUUGGAUGUACGUUCUCAAAAACAAUCCCUUAAGAAGACCAAUUCUGUAACCAUCAAGAUUCCAAAUGAUUUCAUAUAGAAGGCUUAAUUUGAAAAUUUUCAUUUCUGUAGUUGCCAACUUAGGAAAGAGAUCCCAAUAAGUUGUUAAAAUUUUCAGUUGUGGGUUGGCACUACAGCAAUCUACUAAACAAUGUGAAAGCUAAAAAUAAUUGCAUUGAUUUUCUUUUUUUUCCAAUUGCAUUAAUAAAUUUAUUCUAAAACUGAUUGUUUUCCUUACAACCUGUAUCUUCCUUCUACUUUAGCUGUAGAAAGCUUACUGUAGCUUUUGUCUUAUUUGAUUCUGAGAAGUUAUGAAUAAUUAUGUUCAAGGAUAUUUGAAAUAAAUCAGUGACAUUUUCCAAUUUCUGGACAAUAAGACACUUCUAUUAA